AUGCAUUUUACAAUAAUGAAACAUCCCAAGGAAGCUUUAGAAAUAAUGAAUAUAUUACUGCGCACAAAUAAAUUAUGUGAUGUCACAUUAGCAGUUGGUGAGGAAAAGUUUUUAGUUCACAAAAUUGUGUUGGCAGCUGCCAGUCCAUAUUUCCGUGCAAUGUUUACUGGAGGAAUGAGAGAAGAAGAAAUGUCCGUUAUACACUUACAUGGUAUAUCAGCUUGCACCCUCUCUUCUUUAAUUGAAUUUGCUUAUACAGCUGAAAUACGUAUUAAUGAAUUAAAUGUAUGUUAUUUACUGUCGGCUGCCACAAUGUUUCAAAUGACUCAUGUUGUUGAAGCCUGCAGUGUUUUUCUGGAACAUCAAUUGGAUCCGAGUAAUUGCAUUGGAAUAUCAAACUUUGCUAGUGAACAUGGUUGUACUGAAUUGGAAAGUAAAGCUAAAACAUUUAUUUUGAAGAAUUUUUGUGAAGUGAUUAAAUGUGAUGAAUUUUUAAUGCUAAGUCCAUGUCAAAUGAUAUCAUUAAUCAAACAAGAUGAAUUGAAUAUCAAAUGUGAGUCUGAAGUAUUUCAGGCUGUUAUAAGAUGGGUGGAAUAUGAUCCUGAUAAAAGACUUCUGAAACUUGAAAAUUUAUUAAAUGCUGUUCGUCUUCAUUUUUUAUCUCCAUGCUUUUUAGAAUCACAACUAAAAGGGUGUAAGAUACUUCAAAAAAUGCCUCAGUGUCUCCAAACUUUAUCUGAAAAGUUGAAAAAAUUACAGCUUCAUGAAAAGUGUCCUGAGAGACCUAGACGUUUUUCUCCGUUAGUUGUAUUUUGUGCAGGAGGUUAUUUACGACAAUCUUUAAGUAAUUUUGAGUGUUAUAAUCCUCAGUUAAAUCAAUGGAGCAGAUUACCAGAUUUGUUAGUACCAAGAAGUGGUUUGUCUGCAUGUCAUGCCCGUGGUACACUGUAUGUCAUAGGUGGAAGAAAUAAUUCUCCUGAUGGUAACAUGGAUUCGGCAUCAGCUGAUAUGUAUGACACUUUAAGAAAUGCAUGGACUCCUAGAACACCCAUGACUGUUCCGAGAAAUCGUGUUGGAGUGGCUGUAAUAGAUAAUAUGAUAUAUGCUGUGGGUGGUUCUCAAGGUCAACAACAUCAUUGUUCAGCUGAAAGGUAUGAUCCUGAUCUUGAUCAAUGGAAAGCAGUAGCGUCAAUGUCAACAAAAAGAAUUGGGGUGGGAUGUGCUGUUGUCAAUAGACUGUUAUUUGCGGUUGGAGGAUAUGAUGGUCAAAAUCGAUUACGUAGUGUAGAAAGAUAUAAUCCAGAAAAAGAUGAAUGGAAUUUUGUAGCUCCAAUGAAUACCAUGAGAAGUGGUGCAGGUGUUGCUACUAUGGAUUCCUUUAUCUAUGCUGUGGGAGGCUAUGAUAGUAAUUGUCAGUUAAGAACAGUAGAACGUUACUGUGUUGAAUCAAACACAUGGAAAUUUGUGGCUUCCAUGAACAGUCCAAGAAGUGCUCUUAGUGUUGCAGUUAUAGAUGAUAAACUAUAUGCAUUAGGAGGUUAUGAUGGUGAAGACUUCUUAUCAUCAGUGGAAUGUUAUGAUGCUGAUAAAGAUGAAUGGGCAGAAUGUACGAAUAUGACUUGUGGUCGUAGUGGACAUGGUGUAUCUGUUGGUGCUGAACCAAGCACAUAA